GUCUUCGUCGCCAUUUGACUCGCCAAUCGACAUCAUUUGUAACCCUCUAUAAUUGUGAGAGGCUCCUCAUCUUCAGCUUCUUCAUAGUUAGGGAAAAGAUUCAAAACUCUAGGGUCUCUGAUUCUACGAAGCUAUGCCGGUGGUUAGUGUCACCUUGGAGGUCGGAAUCGACGGCGUCGCGGUGAUCGCCUUCUCUAAUCCACCCGUUAACGCCUUGGCCAUUUCGAUUCUUACGGGGUUGAAGGAGAAAUGCGACGAGGCGGUGAGGAGAAAUGAUGUGAAAGCUAUUGUUUUGACAGGCAAAGGAGGGAGAUUUUCUGGUGGGUUUGACAUCAAUGUUUUCGAGAAGAUUCACAGGACUGGGGAUAUUUCGCUCAUGCCUGAUGUAUCGGUCGAGCUUUUGGUCAACACAAUCGAAGAUUGCAAAAAGCCUAUAGUUGCUGCUGUGGAAGGGCUUGCUCUUGGAGGUGGCUUAGAAUUGGCACUGGGAUGCCAUGCACGUAUUGCAGCACCAAGAACUCAACUUGGCUUGCCUGAGCUGUCACUUGGAGUAAUUCCAGGGUUUGGAGGUACACAACGUCUUCCAAGGCUUGCGGGGUUGUCAAAGGCUGUUGAGAUGAUGCUGUUAUCCAAAUCAAUCAUGUCAGAAGAAGGGAAGAAGCUAGGUCUUAUUGAUGCUAUUGUGGCCUCUGAAGAGUUGCUGAAAGCAUCUCGGCUUUGGGCUUUAGAUAUUGCUGAUAGGCGCAAGCCAUGGAUACGUUCCCUUCACAGGACUGACAAGCUUGGUUCCCUAUCUGAAGCACGUUAUGAAUUGAAGAUUGCAAGACAACAAGCCAGAAAAAUUGCCCCAAACAUGCCUCAGCACCAGGCCUGCCUUGAUGUGAUCGAGGAGGGCAUUGUUCAAGGAGGAUAUAGUGGAGUUCUAAAGGAGGCGAAAGUAUUUAAGGAGUUAGUCGUGUCAGACACUUCAAAAGGACUUGUUCAUGUCUUUUUUGCCCAACGUGCAACAUCCAAGGUGCCUAAUGUUACCGAUGUUGGGCUUAAACCAAGGCAUGUGAAGAAAGUUGCUGUUAUUGGGGGAGGUCUAAUGGGUUCUGGGAUAGCUACAGCUCUUCUUUUGAGCAACAUAUACGUUUAUCUCAAGGAAGUCAAUUCUGAAUAUCUUCUAAAGGGAAUAAGAACGAUAGAAGCAAAUGUUCGAGACUUGGUAAAAAAAGGAAAGCUGACACAGGAUAAGGCAGAAAAAACCUUAUCAAUGCUUAAAGGUGUAUUGGACUACUCAGACUUUAAAGAGGUGGAUAUGGUCAUAGAGGCUGUCAUUGAAAGUGUUCCUUUAAAACAAAAAAUAUUUAGUGAAAUUGAGAAAGCCUGCCCUGCCCACUGCAUUUUGGCAACAAACACAUCUACUAUUGACCUCAAUUUAGUUGGGGAAAAGUCCAGCUCUGAAGAUCGCAUUGUGGGGGCACAUUUUUUCAGUCCUGCUCAUGUGAUGCCUCUUCUGGAGAUUGUAAGGACAGAGAAGACAUCUGCUCAAGUAAUUCUUGAUCUCAUGACAGUUGGGAAAAUUAUUAAGAAAGUUCCUGUAGUAGUGGGUAACUGCACUGGCUUUGCAGUCAAUCGGACAUUUUUCCCAUAUUCGCAAGGUGCACAUAUUCUGGUAAAUUUAGGUGUGGAUGUGUUCAGAAUUGACAGGGCAAUCCGCAGUUUUGGCCUCCCCAUUGGUCCUUUCCAGCUUCAGGACUUGUCAGGAUAUGGAGUAUUCAUUGCAGUUGGGAAAGAAUUUGCUAACGCAUUCCCUGACCGCACAUUUCAGUCACCGUUGGUUGAACUUUUGGUGAAAAGUGGAAGAAACGGUAAAAACAAUGGAAAAGGAUACUACAUUUAUGAAAAGGGUAGCACGCCAAAACCUGACCCCUCAGUGCUACCAAUUAUUGAGGAGUCUAGACGACUUACCAAUAUUAUGCCUCAUGGAAAGCCAAUAUCUGUUACUGACCAAGAAAUAGUGGAGAUGAUACUCUUUCCGGUGGUGAAUGAGGCAUGUCGUGUUUUAGAUGAAGGGGUAGUUGUUCGAGCAUCAGACCUUGACAUUGCAUCUGUUCUUGGAAUGAGUUUUCCGUCAUACCGUGGUGGUAUUGUUUUUUGGGCAGAUGCAGUUGGGCCUAACCAUGUCUAUACAAGUCUCAAGAAAUGGUCACAACUAUAUGGCAAUUUUUAUAAACCAUCAAAGUUUUUGGAAGAAAGAGUGACAAGAGGCAUCCCGUUGAGUGCACCUGCUUCAUCGUCUCCAGCAUCAAAGUCACGCUUGUAAGCAGUAGUUUAACAUUCACUCCCGACCAAAAGCAUACUGAGCAUGGAGAAGAAAAAAGAAGUCUGCUUGUUCGGUUGGUAAAUAAAAGAAAAGUCAUGUUUAUGGCUAGCUUGUAAUUUUUGCAUAUCGUCGAAAUAGUAAAGAUUGUUUGCUUUUGAAACCGUAA